GUGCAACGGUGUGUCCGUGAGAUACGUAUAUCACAGUAUAUACGUAAGACCUGCUACUUGCUAUAUACUGUCAACAUUUUUCAAGUGACUGUUCCAUGAUGCUUGACAACAUACUGCGUUAUUGACGAAAAUUAUUCAACUUGUUGUUUGGUAUUAAAUAUUUAUUGAGAAUUUGAGAUAACAGAAUAUAUACAGUAAACAAAGAAGAAAUCUGUGAUGAACAUAAGAAUCAUAAACUCUGUACGCUAUAAAUACGUUCAGAAUUUUAUAGUCGGAGAAACAAUCUUAGUUAAAGAUACAAGCUAUUUCCCUAAAACAUAAUAUGACAGUAAAAAUUUGCAUUAAGUUUCUAUAUACGAAAUAAUUUAAAAGGAAAGCUACAGAGUAAAGUACACAAAUUUUAUAAAGUGAGCUCAUUUGUAAGUUGGUUAUGUGCAAUGCCGAGAUGCUGCAAUGAAAGCAAGGCAGUGAGUUCGGUGAGCAACAGUCAGAAACACAAUACAGAGGAUAUUUUGUUAACGCAAACACGUGCUUUUUCAAUCGGAAAUCAGUUGGAGUUAGACGACGAUCCGCCAAUUGUUGAGAAAUCGCACAGAAGAGUGCGGUGUGAUUUAAGUCCAGUUCCAACAAACACGAGUACUAAUUUGAAUAUAAAACUUUUAAGCAUUAAGGGAGAUAGAAACACUCGUCAAGAUCAUCAGGUGAGCACUGGAUCUGGUGGGUACAGAGAACGAGAGAAAGAAGCUAAAAAGAGAGCAGCUAUAGGCAAUACAGUGCGCGGGCUUUUCUCAUCUGGCCACAGCAGGCAGGACAGGUAUGAGACAAAUAGGCAACGUUCUUCAGGCGGAAGUGGCCUGUCAAGUUUAUGUCCAAAGCUGGUGGCCAGUGGAGGCAGUAGUAGCCAGGGUGGGAUUAGUUUGGCAGUGGGACACUUAGCCUCUCAGGAAGGUGGAGGCCCAUGUUCAGUUGUUACCACUCAAAGAAUUCAUAACCACACACAUAACCAUAAACGCCAAAGAAAAUUGUCUAUUGUUUCACAAGCUGGUACUAGUACUCAUAAUUCUGGGGACCGAAAAACAUCAAAUAUAAGUCGUUCCUCUACAACAAUCUGCAAAAAGCAAAUACGAACGCAGAGGACUGAUCAUAGCGCGGAUUUAUUAUCUAUAACAACGAACGGAGUUGCGAGUAAUUCACCUUCUUCUAAAAAGAAAGUUCUGUCUGCAUUGCGUAUUUCUGAAAAAUCAUCGUCUCGGAAUCUCAAUUCACCAUCUUUGGAGAAUGAAAAUGAACGCAGUUUUAGCGAUGCAGAGGAAGCUAUUACAGCAACAGAAAAUGUGUUCAGUAUACCAGGAUCCAGUUCUACACCUUCAACACCAAUUAAUCGAGUGAGGUCGAAAAAAUCGGAUGAAGAUGAAACGAGCGUGGAAUGUAGUAUCAGUGAAGAAGGUGCUAAAUCGUCACAGAAUGUAUCAGUUAAAAAAGUAUCAUUAGAUUCUAGCGAGCAAAAAGGUACGGAAUGUUCUGAAUCUUCUAAAAUUUCUAAUAUUACGAGAAAAAUAUCGGCAAAUAGUAUUGACGAAGAAACACCUACACAAAACAAACAAAAAGUACUCUCUACAUCUUCCAUAAGUACGAAAUGUACCAACAGCGAGAAUAAACCUACAAGAUCUAAAAAUAAGUAUGUUACAGAAAAGAUAAUUGAGCAGCAAAAUAAUAAAAAUUUGAAAGAGACACCAAGCAUGGAAAAAAAUAUAAAUACGACUGUAACGUCCACAGAAACGUCCACAAGUUCAGCGUCUAAUAAUAAAAAUAAUGAUAAAACAAAACGAAAAACGUCUACCGAUUCUUUAAAGGCUACUAAUGUUACGGAAAAAGAAGAUUUAACUAAGGAUUCCGAAGAAGACGUGACCGGGGAUAAGAAAGAUACAGAGCAACAUGAGGAACUAGUGAAAAGUUCAAGGUUUGUAACAUCGAAAGUGUCAGAAGAGAUAGUGGAGACCGAGGGUAAGGAUAUGGAGGCACAAAGAGAAGAAGACGAAGGAGAAGUGACGAUAUAUGACGAAGAUGACAAUGGCACCAGUAUUAGCGAUAUUGUUGCCACACAAGCGCUUCAUGAAUCUCUGAGUAAGUUAGGAAAAGUACCACCUUUAGAUACAGAAAUGGAGGACGUUAAAGACACGGAUACGCAGGAUGAAACGAAAAUUGCGAAAGAUUCUCAAAAAGAAGUGGUCGCGCACGAAGAAACAGCGGAGGGCUUUAUUGGCCCUUUACUCGAUGAAAACUUUAAAGCGGAUGAAAAAUUAACGCAGAAAACAAUGGCGAUGGAAGAAGUUCAAAGUCUGUUGCUAAAAGUGAAAAUUCAGAACGUUGAAGAUGACGAUGACGAAGAGAAAGCUAUAGGUAUAUCACCGGAUGGGAGAUUUUUGAAAUUCGAGGAGGAAAUCGGUAGAGGUAGCUUUAAGACUGUAUACAGAGGUCUGGAUACUCAGACUGGCGUGGCUGUCGCUUGGUGUGAAUUACAGGAGAAAAAAUUAAAUAGAACAGAAAGACUGAGGUUUCGAGAGGAGGCGGAAAUGUUGAAAGGGCUGCAACAUCCAAAUAUUGUUAGGUUUUAUGACUAUUGGGAAGUCACGCUAACACGUAGGAAAUACAUUGUACUAGUCACUGAACUUAUGACUUCAGGUACAUUAAAAACGUACCUACGACGUUUUAAAAAGAUUAAUCCGAAAGUAGUGAAGUCCUGGUGUCGACAAAUUUUAAAAGGCCUUAGCUUUUUACACUCUAGAUCACCGCCGAUUAUUCACCGUGAUCUGAAGUGCGACAAUAUUUUUAUUACUGGUACUACAGGGAGUGUAAAAAUUGGCGAUUUAGGGCUUGCAACGCUUAAAAACCGAAGUUUUGCAAAGAGCGUUAUUGGUACACCCGAAUUCAUGGCGCCUGAAAUGUACGAAGAACAUUACGAUGAAUCUGUCGAUGUUUAUGCAUUUGGAAUGUGUAUGCUUGAAAUGGCUACUAGUGAAUAUCCGUACUCUGAAUGCACUGGACCAGCGCAAAUAUAUAAACGAGUUGUAUCGGGCGUAAAACCACAGAGCUAUGACAAAGUGGAAAAUCCAGAAGUGCGUGAAAUCAUAGAAAUGUGUAUUCGGUUAAAGAAAGAAGAACGCCCGUUGGUCAAAGAUCUUUUGAAUCACGAAUUUUUCGCGGACGAUGUUGGAUUAAAAUUAGAAAUGGUUUCGCGAGAUUCGGCGGUUGCGGAUGCAGAACUAUCUCGUGUCGAAUUUCGACUACGAGUAUUAGAUCCCAAGAAACGUACUAAUAAACAUAAAGAGAACGAGGCAAUACAAUUUGAUUUCGACAUUCAAGCCGACAAUGCGGAAGAGGUAGCCUCGGAAAUGGCUAAAUCUAGCUUAAUACUCGAAGAAGACGUUAAGGCUGUAGCAAAGAUGUUAAAAUCGCAAAUCACUACUCUGUUACGAGAAAGGGAGGAACGUAAAGCCAAAGAAGAAAAGGAACGUCUAGAUAGAGAAGCGGACACCACUAACACGGCUAAUGAAAAUCUAUUGCAGCAACAAUUGCUACUCCAACAAAUGCAAUUACAACAACAGUUACAGUCGCAACAACAGAUGCAAUCAAAUAUGGGCAUUCAAAUGCAGGGCCAAGUACAAAUGCAGUUACAACAAAACCAAAUACCGCUUCAGUCGCAGCAACAAAUGCAACCUGCCGCGCAACAAUCCCAGCAACAUAAUUUGCAACCUCAACAAGUUCAAUUAGUUCAACAGCAACCAUUGAUACAGCAGCAAACGUCGGUCGUGCAGCCCCAGCAAGCGCAGCAGAUGCAACAAGUGCCACAAGUUUCGCAACAGCAAGUUCAGUAUCAACAGCAACAGUAUCAGCAGCAAUUGCAGCAGCAGUACCAACAACAACAGCAGCAACAAUACCCUCAGCAUGUUUCGCAAAAUUUAACAGCUGCCUCUUCUCAAUGUUCUACGCCUCAGACCGUGCAAACACAACCACAAUUCCCUCAAGUACCGCAACAGAUACAACAACAACAGCAUUUGCACCAACAACAACAAUAUAUACAGUUGAAUCAGAUGAAUAUGCCUCAACAGUUGAGCCAUCAAAUGCAGUCGCAGAUGCAAUCUCAGAUACAAAUUUUAUCGCAGCAACAGCAUGUGCAUCAACAAAUUCAACAACCUCAACAAGUGCAGUAUCCUCAACCGCAGGUACAGCACGUCCAACAAGUACACCAACAUGCAGUGGGUUCUCAGCCCGUUCAAAACCAACAAUUCUAUCAGCAAAGUACCUCAGGAACUUCUGGAUAUAAUGCACAGCCUAUGUACCAACAAAAUAUACCUCAACAAAUAUAUCAUUCGUACACAAGCUCCAAUCCUACUGGACACGUCGAAAUUUUAUCAUCCAACCAACCUGCGGCUCAAAUUUAUCCUCAUGCGACUAUUCCUGGAAGCUCGGCGCCUCCAACUUCGCAACCUUACAUACAGCAACAAACAGGACAAGUUCAAACGUCUGUACCAUCCAGCAUAAAUAUUCAAAGUUCAUCGUCGGCAGCUCUUAUACAAAGUGCAACAUCUUCUACUAUUCCAAACAUGCAAAAUACAUCUACGAUUCUUCCAAGCAGCGGGCAUCAAUCACAGUCCCAACAAAAUGUCUUAGUUCAGAUGCAGUAUCCGCAGAAUUCCAAUGUUCCCGCUUCUGUUCCUAUAUCAUCCGGAAUGAGUGUCCCAGCGCAUUCAACGACAACGUCACAGCACCAGCAACAUUUCGUUUCAACAACCGAUCAGUGUUCUACCACAGAUAGAGCAUCAUUGCCUAAGCAGGAUACAAUGGAUUCCAUACAGUCAUUGCCAGCAGAUUUACCUUCUAACAUUCAAGAUUCAACGAAUACAUCUAAUUUAGCUAAUACAAACGUUACGUCUCAAACCUCAGUACCAGGCGAAGGAGUGACUCAAGAAAAUUCCGAGAACGUUGCCUCUGAAAGAUGUAAGAUAAAAAGAUCGACUACGAAGCGCAAAAAGCCUGGUAUUAAAUUGACAGUUUUGUCUGUAAGCAGUGGCGAAGGGCAAUCUGUAACCGUUGAAUGCCAGCUAGAUACGAGCAAACAAAAAACUGUGACGUUUAAAUUCGAUAGAGAUGAUAUGGUACCUACCGACAUUGCCAACAAUUUGGUCGCCGAAAAUUUAUUACCUCAGUCUCAGUGUGAAACAUUCGUAGAACUAAUAGAGGAUAUUGUUAAACAAUUGCGUUUGGAUCCUACACGGACAUUACCUUUAGUGGCGCAUGGUCCACCGGAUCAAUCGGCUGGUGGUAGCCCAGUUACAAGCCGUCGACCCAGAGAUCGUGACCACAGUCUUGAUACAGCUAAGCAGGUGAGACAUGGCUCGCUAACUCGUCAAAGCAGCCACCGAUCGUCGUACAAAGUCCAUCGUAGACACCGUUCGAGAGACGAAACCUCCAAUACCUCUACACCGACAAAAUUGUUGCAGAUCGACCAAAUUAUUUCUCACAUUACGAACGCCUCCUCGGAGAAGCAACAAAAUGUGCAAACGCCUGAUAGCCAGGUGGGGCAUGAAAAUACAUCGGCCGAAGCAUCCAGACGAUCAUCUACCUCGACGCAAAAUACAGACACAUUAACGCCGACCAAUUUACCGAGCGAUCCGACCGAUACACAAGAAACUGUAAUCGCUAUGACAAACGCAGACACGGGUUUGGAUGGGUAUCAUAUGCCUAAAGAUGAUAUUACUAAAUCCUAUCAGUGCUCGACAUCGUACACUCAAAGUCAAAUACAGGAUCUAACGAACCAAGCGAAUGAAGUAUCAAAAGAAUCUAUAGUUCAGGAUAUGACGGAACACCAAGAAAAAGAAGCAAAUAAAGAAAUGCAAUCUGACGCUACAGCUACGGAAGUGGCUGCAUUAACUGCGCCACCACCAAUGCGAAAGAUCUCUCGUUUUUUAGUCAGUCCUGUAGUCGAACAAAAGGUUCUUACAAACGAAGAGGAAGGAUCUACCACUGUCGUAGAAGGUACAGACAAAUCUAAUCUUCCGACGAUGCAAUCGACCGUAUUACAACCUAGCGUGGCUGAUGAUGGACAAGUAAAGCACGAUGAUUCGGAAGCAAAUGUUUUAGAAACGCAAGUCGUAAAUGUUCCUGAAAAGUCUAAUAGCGAAGCGGUUAUACAGAACAUUCAGUAUGUUACGGAACAAGGAGAUAAUGUCCAAGCAAUGCAAUCAGGGCAACAAACAAUUGGUAUUCAAAGCACCGUGCAAGGACAACCGAUGCAACAAAUGCAGCAAAAUAUCAGUGCUAUGCAGUCUAGUCCACACAAUGUAAUUAUACAAUCGUCUCAGCCAAUACAACCUGUUCCUCAAAACAUCGUGGUUGCGCCGCAAAAAGAUCUACAAGCUCAAGUUCCCUCGAAUGGAGUCAACUUGCAAGGGCAAUAUCAGAAUCAGCCUAUGCAACCUAACAUUCUAUUACAACAGCAACAGCAACAACAACAAAUGACUGCGCAACACAAUUUAACGCAAAUGCAUAUUCAAUCUGAACAUCAGCAUCAAGGACAAAUGCAAGCUCAGCGACCAUUGCAACAAUUCCACUCUCAACAAAUGCCGCAACAACAUCAACAAUAUGUAAUGCUUUCCGGGCCAAUACAACAAUUACAGCCAACCGCAAUUGUAGACGAAAGAAAUCGUAGAAUUUCAAAUAUCUCUACAACGUCAAAUAUGUCCACAGAUUCACAGAUGUCGGAAAUAGUUAAUCUUACUGAUGAUAAAAAACAGUUGAUGGUUGCGCCUAACGCAUCUAUGCAUCACGUUCAAAAUGUUCAACUUAUUCCGCAACAAGAGGGAUCAAAUAUUGCACCUAUUUCGCAGACUGUUUUAGAACCAGUUCAGCAGCUCCAAGCAGCUCCUCAAAAUCUAGUGAAUGUUUCAAUGAAUACAUCCGUUCCUGUUUCAGUUCCUACCCACCAAGUUGUCGCUACAGAAAUUGCCCCGAAAGUUACAGUAAAAACGAAGGAAGUAUCGUCAACACUUCCAGACUUGGCGCAGAAUUUAGCAAACAUACUGUCAAAUCCAAAAUCGAAGUCCACAACGCCUCAUUGCUUGACUAGUCACGAGCAAAGUUCGACUGCCAACGUUGCAGCAGCUACAGUAAUUGAAUAUAAACCUGCUCUUCAAUCUGAACAGUAUUUUCAACCUAUUCAACCCGAAGCAAGUCAAAUGCAAAUGUCUUCGCAAUUGCAACACAAUUAUCAAACAAAUACAGUGCAGCAAGGAAUUUCACAAACGUUCCAAAUUUCUCAGCAACCUCAUCAAGCUCAACAAAUACCUUUGCAACAAACAAUGCAAUUAAACGCAAAUCAACAAAUGGAUCCUCAGUUACAAAUAUCGCAACAAACUUUUCAAGGAGUAUCGGUACAAACGCUCCCGUUGCAAGGGAAAUGGAUUGCUACCGCGAAUCAAAAUAUUUUACAGCAGACUGUACCAAUAAGACAUACUCAACAAACUCUUCCGUCGUUGCAGCAAAUUGCCCCUACACAACAGCAAAUUAUACAAGAUAUACAGCACUCAGAAAGCUUUCCUACACCCGAUCAGUCUCAGUUACACAUAAAACUUCCAGAUCAACAACUUUUAGGAAAAACAUCAGAAGCUGAAAAUCAAGAUACAACUAAUUUUACUGGACGCGUUAGUACUGAAUAUCAUCUGCAAUCGGAGACAGAAAAUUCCAGCCAUGACGUAACUCCUGAACAUACAAUUGUUGAAUCUGUCGACUCGGCGUUGUUUAUGCAAAACCAGAUAUUACAACAACAGCAGCAGCAACAACAACAGCAGCAGCAGCAACCGCAACAACAACAGCAACAGCAACAGCAGCAGCAACAGCAGCAACAGCAACAGCAACAGCAACAGCAACAUCGGAAGCUCAGCCAACAGAAUUCUUUAGAUAAAGUCUCGGACGUAACUAUCGGAACAAGUGGUCCAGGUGGAACAGGUCCACAGACAAUAGCGGACCUCCACCAAAAACUUGUACAGCUAACAAAUCAGCCGUCCGAAGCACACAAUGUAGGCACGCCGCCUAUAAGUUAUCCAGCCACCCCUCAUAAUCACCAAAUAAUGGGAGGAUAUGAUGCGUACAUGCAUUCUUUACAGCAGAAGCUUGUUAACAUUGGUAUGCCAAUCUCAACUACACAUGGCAUAGGUCCUUUAUCACCUCAGACAACAAUCCAAUCUUCAACUGCUCUAACCGAUUCAAAUGUUACAACAAAUGUUGAAAAUUCCGUCUUAAAUCAAGAAGCCUCCAUUCAUCAACUUGCACUGUCUCAAACCCAUGUAGAUUGCUCCCUUGAUAGUCCAACGCCAGGAGGGGGUCCUGCAGGAUCAGAAACCAUGAGUCCUAGUAAAGAGAAUAUCAAAGUACGAGCGCAGAGGCCUGGAUCUCGUCUCCAGGAACUGGAACAGGAGUUGGCAAAAAUUCAUCACAGAGGCUCGAUUCUCUCGACGUCGUCACCGCAACCUUUGACGCCACCCGUUUCUGCUGCUACCUGUAUUCAAAUGCAGCCGUCUCUGCAAUCUACUCAAAAUUUAUUGACCACCGUUCCACCUGCGACAGCUGUGCUUGUUGCUAACGUUACUCCCAGUGUCGUUACAUGCCGCUCUGACACAAACACACCAGUGUUAGCAGAAUCCCAAGAAAAUGUUCUCGAGAAGGUUAGUACAACUCAACCUGUUAGAAAAAUAUCAAGAUUCAUGGUUUCGAAGGUCGCAGGUCCUCCGAGUAAUGCUGCUGCAUCAACCCAACAACAACAACAUACCGAGGAUCCAAAGAUUUAUCACGCGGAGGACACGCAGGGUACACCGGUACAAGUAAUUCAUAGUCGUGAAGGUUCUAUUCCACCCGCGCAAACUAAUCAACCUAUUAGUGUUCCUACUCUAGAUCAAACCGAAAAGGAUGAACGAUUUUGGACAUUGACACCAAGCGAAGAAUAUCAACUGCUUAUAAAAAAGCAAACUAUGGAGUUGGAGACAUUGCAAAGAAGACACAGGGAAGAAUUGGAACGCUUCCAGCAACAUCAGUUACAAUUAUUGAUUCAGCAGCAACAACAAGCAAGUGCACUUCAUCAGCAUCACCAUCAACAUCACCCGGUGCUUUAUCACACCGUUGCGACUAGUUUGGCAGGACAAACUAGACUUCCAGGUACAGAAGACUAUUUAGUAUUUAAUACAACACCUCAAACUCCAUUGCAAAAAGCUUCAAGUAAUUAUCCAGACACCGAUGAAACAUUGCGAUUAGCUAUGCAGAAAUUAAAGCAGACUCCUUUGCAACUACAACCGCAGCAGGCAACGGCUGGAAUACCACACGCUUACGUUAUUCCAAUUCCAGUAGUGCCUUCUGAAACUAUGCAAAAUAUGCCCUCGCAACAAUCCAGUAGUUAUACAAAUGAAUUAGAGUCAUUUGAUUCGUCACAUAAUUCAGCAAUUAUAAAUUCAGCUCAAUAUCAGUUCACACCUAUAUUACCGGAUGGAACGAAUAUUACCGUGUCCUCCACUGGAUCGUUAGUCACGCCUAUUCCAAUAUCGAGUACGACGGGAAGCGGGAGUUACAUUCAAUAUCACGAGAACCAAACAUUACCAAACUUUCAAACAUUUAGUUGUACACCACACGGCGGUUUCUUUUUACCGGCUGGCUAUCGACUAAUAUACGCUCCUCCUGGAGCGACUCAGUCACAACCAGCUACGCCAGCUACACCGCAUGUCGGAAAUUCUCAUGACGGUACACCGCCAGCAGAGCCGUUACAUGCGAAUACUGAUAAUUCAACUGUUCCUCCUUCCCAUACCGAUCAAUAACGUAACUUUCAGCAAGCUAUGUUCUACAUUUUUUCAAUUUAAUCGUUCUCGUAAUACAUUCUUAAUUUAACUUGUUGCCCUUAUCCACUAGUAUGAGAUGAUGCAUUAUCAUUACGAUUGUUAUUCUAAUAUAGUUUUGCUAAUACGUAUUGCUACCCUCGUCCUCGUGGGUGUGUAUGCAGAGGAGGCGCGAAUGAAAGUAUUUAGGAUGUAUAUUCGAUAUUGUAACAUCCACGCGUAAUCGCUAAAAUAUUUUCGCCGAGACGCGCGAGCAUGAUAUUAAUAUUUGAUAUGUGCCUCGCAGCAAAAGUAAAGCUCGAUUCAUAUGCGAAGAAUAUUUUGAACGAAUUAAGUUUUUGGACGAAAAAAAAAAAAGGAAAAAGAAAAGGAAGAAUGAAAGGUUGAAAUUGAGGAUAGAGGCCUUUACGUGUACUGUGCUUAUACAUAUAGCGAAUAUCCUUGUUUAGUGAAAAUGCUUAUUGAAAGACUUUUUCUGCUCUGAAUUCUUUAAUACCUAGCACAGUUUACAUUAGUACAGGCCUCAGCUAGUCUUACGAUCGAAAUGGCAUACAGCCAUUCUGCUCGAUGUAUAUGUAUAACUGUUAAUGUAUACUGGAUGCUUUGAAGAGAGAAUGUUCAUGUGUGCAUGUAUGUGAUUGCAGGAGUCAGACGGAGAAGAAAUAUGAUUAAUAUAGUCACUGUUAUGCUUUAAUGUAUUUCUAGCAAUUUUACCUACUUCUAUUAAAAAAGUCAUGUGUUACUAGUUAGCAGUCCCAUGUAUCUUAUCUAAUAUUAUAUCGACUACUACCUUUUUUAGACUCCAUUAUCAAUAUUUUUAUUAUCGCAUAUUUAAUUUAUCAAAGUUCGAGGUUAUUUCACUAAAAUUGGCAUUUCAUUUAUAAUAUGUUGGAAAAUAUGUUCUACAUAAUUCAUUCCUUUAAAUCAUAUAGGAAUUUUAUUAUUUAACAAGUUCCAUUUCCAAUAAUUAAAUCAUAUCUAAAAAUUGAAUGGUAAUCCCAGGUAUUGAGAGUCUAAUGAAAAAAAAAAGCUCAAUAGAAACAUGGCAUAGGUAUUAAAUAAAUUCAUACACGUUUUAACGAUAUCGAAACAUAAAAUGAUUUAAUGUUUGGAUUACAUCCUAGGAAAUAUAUUUUCAAGUUUCAUCUGUGCUAUCACAUAUUGCAUUUUGCAAUAUAGUUAAGAAUAGCUUGUUUGUAUAACUACAAAUAUUAUUACUACUGUUUAUUGAUUAUAAUGUUAUCUUUAUUUCGUUCAAUUAAUUGCAGUCCGCGCCGCUUUUAAUGUUGCGAGUUAUUACUGCGUCUGGCAUGAAUUUAUUAUUGUCAGUAUUACAGUUACAAACACUAUUUUCAAACUGAAUACGAAUUUUUUCUUACGAGCUCCAAUAAAAAUUUAUAUGGAUCAUAAUUAUGUACAGACGAAGUUCAUAAAUUUUCAGAAGUUCUUAUACACGUUACUUGUAUGUUUUAGGCACUAAAAUUUCAUUGUUUUUAAAUUUUCUCGGUAAACAGCAUAAAUAUAAUCACCAACCCUAAUAUCCAGUUGAUCCACCUGGUAAUAAAUUCAUGUGACUGUUGAACGAAACACUAUAAUAGAUAAUUGUAUGUAUUUCUUGUGGAAAUACAUUGCAAUUACUCUUAUAUAGUUACUUUUAAAUAAAUUUAUUAAAUAAUACUCAAAGAGAAUGUGUAACUUGUAAUACUUAAUUGUAUAUACAUUCAUUUACUGUUAGGUGGAUUGGCUUUUAAUGAAGAUGCAGUUUCUAUAUUCGAUCAUUAAUAAAAGCUGACUAUUUAAUUUUUUUUACGUAAACUACGUUUAGUGUAAUAAUUUACGGUGAUAUAGUUUGGUAAAGCUUGUUGUUAUUUUUUUUUUUUCUUCUUUUUUUGUUUUUUCUUUUUUCUACAAACUAUUCAUUGAAUGCGAUGAAACAUGAACAGACAAUAGAAUGAAAAUUAUUUCAACAUUGCAAUGAACUAUUUCCUUCUAAACAUAUUUUGUACAAUAUGAGUUUAACUGUAUCUAGUAUUAUAACAAUGGUAUGAUUGGAGUAACUUUUUUUUUGUAAAACAUUUUGAUUGUUUUACCAAAGAAUACCAAACAGCACUGUUACAUACGGAAAAAACAAUUCAAUAUGAAUUCAUCAUAAUUCUCUUCUACCAAUAUGGCAUCUAACUUGAUGGAAUUGAACUUAGUGCAUUCAAACUUAGGUAUUACAAUAUAUUUUUCAGAAAAUCUGACAAAAAAAACACACACACAAGUAAAAGAUAUUUUGCUAUAUUUUAAAAUUCACA